CUCUGGUUCCGAUCAUCAACCACACAACCUCUGUAAACAUGCGUAUCCUGGCUGUGACUGUGGUGUUGGCCGUGAUGGCUGGUGUUUGUUAUGGUGGACUAAUUGGUGGCCUUGGUGGCUAUGGUGGACAUGGUGGUCUUGGAGGCCUUGGUGGCCAUGGCGGAUAUGGUGGCUACGGUGGCCUAGGUGGACACAGUGGAUAUGGUGGUUUAGGAGGUCUUGGAGGUUUGGGUGGUCUUGGUGGCUUGGGCGGUCUGGGAGGAUUUGGCGGUGGAUUUGGCAAAGAAUAUGGAGGAGGAGCAGGAGGAUAUGGAUCAGGAUUUGGAGGAGGAUAUGGAGGCGGAUAUGGUGGACAAGGAGGACACACCUUCGUGCUGAGUAAGAGCCACGGAAGUGAAGGAGGAUAUGGUGACCUGGGCGGAUUCGGUAAAUUUGGAAAGGGAGGAUAUAAUGGAUUUGGUCUGGGUGGACAAGGUGGAUUUGGAAAGCUUGGCCUCGGGAAGUAGAGUAUGUGGCAUCACCUUGUACUAAUGAACACCAGCCUCCUCAGUUUUCUUCACAACCUCUUCAAUAAAAUUUGUUGAACAACAAUCGUGACUCUUCAUUUACAUUAAUUACGCAUUUCCCUGUAUAACAAUUUAAAAUAAUCAAUGGAAAUAAGUGUGUAUCGUUUUAGUGGGAUAUUCACUUGAGAAGUGAUCCCCAGACGCAUGUGGCCAGAAACAAUGGUAUAACCAUUCAACUAGAUUGAACGGUAAUACAAAUAAGUAGGUGACAUAAGGUGCUGUAAGAAUAAUUGGGGAAUCCUCAUCCUGUGUUAGGAAAGUUUAUCAGAAUCACUUGGAAUCCAUUAUCAGGCCGGAGUAACUUAAACAAUAAAACCCU